GCCCGAGGGGACAUGAGGAGUGCCACCCUGGAGCCCACCAGUCCACCUGUGGAGAUGGAGGCUUCAGUUGGACAAGGGGGUGUAGGGGACAAGCCACUAGAGAAGGUGACCCAGGUGUCUGCACUGGAAAGGAUCUCCUGCACCCUCACUGCUGGAGACUCACUUGUGCACCACGCCAAGGGCCUGGAUCAGGACACCUUCAAAAUUUGUAAAGAAUACCUAAGGCCUCUGAAGAAAUUCCUGAGAAAGCUGCACCUGCCCAAGGACCUUCCCCAGAAAAAGAAGCUGAAGUACAUGAAGCAGAGCCUGGUGGUCCUAGGGGACCACAUCAAUACCUUUCUGCAGCACUACUGCAGAUCCUGGGAAAUCAAGCACUGGAAGAAGAUGCUUUGGCGAUUUGUCUCCCUCUUCUCUGAACUGGAGGCGAAGCAGCUUCGCAGGCUCUACAAGUACACCAAGAACAACCAGCCAGCCAAGUUCCUGAUGGCAUUCUGCCCCUUGGAUGCUCUGGAGGGCCCCUUGCUGGCAGACCAGGAAGACAGUCUGCCCAAGCUCUGCAAUGCCUGGGGGCUGCACAGCAACAUUAGCGACAUGAAGGAGAGGCUGUCCAAGAUGCAAGUCUCUGGCCAAAAGACCUCCCUGCUGGUAGAGCUGAGAUCCCAGGUCCUUGUCAGGAGAGGUCCUUUAAGGAAACUUCCUCAUAAACCAAAACUGAAGAGAAAGAGGAUUAAGGAAGCCUGA